UACAAUAUGUAUAAGCUGCAUAACAUGGUUAAAUUAUGAUUUGUAAUUUCAUUUAUAUAGCCUGUGAGUUUAUAAAAAAUAAUUUAUUAUUGAGUUGGAAGAUAUUUUGAAUAUUUAAAUACUCUAAGAUGUUGCGGUACCUGUCAGCGUUAACAUUCCUUUCAAUUGCUUUAAGUGGUACAAGUCGAGAAAAAAAAAUUGUUUGCUACUUCGGUAGUUGGUCAGUAUAUCGACCAGAAAACGGACGAUUUGAUAUUGCUGAUAUUAAUCCACAAUUAUGUACACAUUUAAUUUAUACAUUUGUUGGUCUUUCUGAAGAUGGUAACAUAAGAGUUUUAGAUUCUUGGCAAGACUUACCGGAUAAUUAUGGAAAGAAUGGAUUUGGCAGAUUUAAUGCUCUUCGUGAAAAGAAUCCGAGACUUAAAACUUUAAUUGCAAUUGGAGGAUGGAAUGAAGGAUCAAGAAAGUACUCGAGUGUCUUUCGACAAUCACAUUUAAGAUCUAAAUUUGUGAAUAAUACAUUAACAUUUAUCAAGAAAUAUGGUUUCAAUGGUCUAGACAUAGACUGGGAAUACCCUAAUCAACGUGGUGGAUCAUCCGAAGACGUUAACAAUUUUACAUUACUUCUGAAAGAACUUAAAGACAAAUUCAAUCAAGAAAAAUUUCUUUUAAGUAUUGCUGUUGCUGCCACAGAAUCGUCUGCAGGUAAAUCAUAUAAUAUUAGAGAGAUGUCAAAAUAUGUUGAUUUCAUUAACGUCAUGGCUUACGACUUACGUGGAUCUUGGGAUGACAAAAAAAGAGUCGGAAUAAAUGCACCACUUCGUUCCUCAUUAAAAGAAGAUCACCUACUAUCAAUUUGGAAUAUCGAGGCUAUAAUAAAAUACUGGAUUGAUCAGGGAGCCUCUCAGGAAAAGAUUAUACUGGGAACCGCUUUUUACGGCAGGUCAUUUACUUUAGUAGAUUCAAGUAAACACAAUGUUGGUGACUCUUUCACAGGUCCUGGAAAUUCUGGAAAAUAUACCAGAGAGUCGGGUAUGUUAGGAUACAAUGAAAUUUGUGAACUUCAAAAAAAUGAAAGAUGGACAACUGUAUUUGAUGAAGAACAGCAAGUUCCAUACUCUUUCAAUGGUAAUCAAUGGGUUGGAUAUGAUGAUGUUCGGUCAUUGAAAAUAAAAGCCGAGUAUAUAUUAAAACUGGGAUUAGGAGGUGUCAUGCUGUGGAGUAUAGAAACAGAUGACUUCAGAGGAAUUUGUGGAGAGAAGUAUCCUCUAUUAAAAAUGUUGAACAGUGUUUUGAAUCACGAAUUAUCAUCAACUAAAAAUCCAACUAUUCCAGAAAAAACUCCUUCAACACAUUCGACAAGUACUGAACCAUCAAGUAGUACAGAUUUACCUGUAAAAUUACCAAGUACUCCUGCCAUGAAUAAUAAUGUUUGUCAAACUAUGGGAUACGUUCGAGAUUCUAUAGACUGCAGUAAAUUUUAUUAUUGCAAUCUUAUUGACAAAAAAUACCAAAUCUCUCAUUUUCAGUGCCCACCAGGAACUUUUUUCGACAUGACAAAUUUUGUCUGCAACUUUGAACAUUUAGUUAUGUGUUAAAAUAUUAUCUACUGUUGAAAAUGUAAAUCAAGUGAUAUAAACUUAAACUUUAGAAGGAUUAUUUUAAACCGUCCGCCACACACUUUGUAAAAGAUUCCAUCUAUGCCUUUUAACAAAAUCCUUUUUUAAUUUAUAAGAGUAAUUUACACUGAAAUCUGUGUCGGUGUCGGUUUACAUAGCUUGUACGUGAAGAAAGGCAGGCACAGAUCCAGAGGGGGGCACAUGUUUCCACGUGAAAAUUCCAGAAUUGAAUUUUUCAGAUAAUAUUGAAUUAAGAAAACAAAUAUAAUAAAGCAUAUUAAUAAAACUUUAUUGUUUAACCCUCA